GGCAGUGUAAUACCUUCAACAUGGAGACAUUCCGACCAGCCGGAAACUGAACCAAACCAGCCUUUUUGCAAUGUCAACGCUGAUGUUUGUACAGCUCCUUCUGCUGGGGUUAAGGGUCACUGACACCACGACAGACACGCAGAGACAGUGUGCAGACAUGGUCCCCCUGGAUCUUCUGUCGUUUGUCCUAGAGAGGGAUACCUCCAGACUUGCACCCGGCCUGCAGAUGAAGACGGCCGGGGGAAUGAGGGGUGUUCAGAUUCUGAGCCCGGACCGCUCCUUGAGCUUUCCCUCGUCUGAGCUCCUGCUGAACUGUGACCUGUUCCCCAAACAAUUCUCCAUCGUUCUGACGUUAAAGUUCAGCCACACUGCGCCAAAGAGGGAUGAAUACAUCUUUUCCUUAACUGAGUCAAGAAAAGGAACCAAACAAUCAAGAAACGAGAGCAAGGAGGAGAAUGAUGAGGACGACUUUGUGGAAAUGGCUAAAGAAAAGACUGGAGAGGGGCAGCAGAGGGAGACGAAGAGGAUGAGGAGAAAAAAGCACGGCUCCCGGAUCCUUCUCGGCCUGAAGUUCUCCAGGAAACGCCUGGAUCUAGUGUUCAGAGGUCACGGGGAGGUCGUGGAGCACUGGGUGUUCCGAGGCGCCCGGCUGGCCGAUAACCAGUGGCACACUCUGGUUCUCGUCGUUGGCAGUCAUCGUGCGGCGCUCACCGUGGACUGCAACACACCUCUGGAAGUCGUUCCCUCCAGGCCUUUUCCCUCAGACCUCAACGUUCAAGAAUCCAGGUUCAACAUUGGCAGUCGGGGUCGAUGGAAAGGCUUGUUCUCAGGCCUGCUCCGGCAGCUGGUUCUGGUGCCAGGUUCGGACGCCACCCAUCACAUCUGCCCUUCCUCCGACCCCCAGCUGGCGGCUCUGUCGGUGCCGCCGCUGCUCUUAGAUCUACAUGUCCCAGGAAGGGAGGGGGGGCGGCGCGGAGCUCCCUCUGAGGAGCGCGUGGCGGUGGGGUUGGAGAGGUCCUGCUCAGAGCUGCGUCGAGGUCAGCUGUGGUUCAACCCGCUCAGGAAGGGCCUGUACCUCUGCGACGGGGCGGCGUGGGUCACUGUGUUAGAAGACCAUAAAAGGCUGGACUACAUAUUGGAACAUCAGGUUCUCGCCACCAGCUCAGAGACGCAUGACGUAGAGGUGUUUGAGGUUCCCAGCGUGGGUCUGAUGGCUGCCAUGGCUCACCGGUCCACAGCGUCAGGCUCCGCCGUGUAUCUGUGGACCAGUUCAGGCUUUCAGCUCCACCAGAACAUCAGCACGUCCGGAGCUUUAGCUUGGAAGCAUUUUACCGUUGGCAAGAAGUUAUUCCUGGUGGGGUCGAAUUCUGGAGGAGAUCCAGACGGUCAAAUGAGCAAAAAGUCCGAGGUGGACUUUUCUGUGGUUUACAAGUGGAGCAAAAGAAGAAAACGCUUCGUGCAGUUUCAGACUCUGCAGACUCACUGUGCACGAGACUGGGAGGCGUUUAGCAUCAAUCAAGAAACCUAUCUUGCUGUGGCGAAUCAUAGAAAAGGUAACAACAAUCACACCAUAAACAGUGUGAUUUAUAAGUGGGACAGAUUGACAAAGUCAUUCCAGGCUCACCAGACGCUGCUGACCUCAGGAGCCUAUGACUGGGAGUUUUUCACCGUCGGGCCGUACCAUUUCCUGGUGGUGGCCAACGCUUUUGAUGGAGUGACCACAUCUGUAGACUCUGUCAUCUACGUUUGGGUCAAUGGAAGCUUCCAGGUGUUCCAGACAAUUAAGACUUUCUGUGCUACAGACUGGGAAAUGUUUCAGAUUGGCAACAGAGUCUUCUUGGUUGUUGCAAAUGGACACAGACUCUACAGCAGUGGGCCAAGCCAGUACACCAUCAACUCCACCAUAUAUGAACUGGACAUGACUGGACGGCUGUUCGUCCGCUUCCAGGACAUUGUCACCCACAGUGCUGUGGAUUGGGAGUUCUUCAGCCUCGGGGAAGAAUAUUUUCUGGUUGUUGCUAAUUCCUUUAACGGAGAAUCCUACUCUCUCAACAGCAUACUCUACAGGUGGCAGGGAUAUGAAGGAUUUGUUCCCGUUCAUUGGCUCCCGACGAUUGGGUGCAGUGACUGGGAGUUUUUCAGCUUUAAGGGGGAAUCAUAUUUGAUCUACUCCAGUGCCAAAGCUCCUCUCUCCAAAGUGUUCCGACUGAAGACCUACUAGAUAAACGUGUGUGUGUGUGUGUGUGUGUGUGUGUGUGUGUGUGUGUGUGUGUGUGUUUGUAUUCUCUGUGGGUUGCACUGUGGAGAAAAAAAUCAAAGUUGUCAUAUUGAAAGAUAAAAUAUCAAUAAUGCAUAAUUUAUCCACUAACAUAAUCACUGAUAUGAUAAAAAAAAUGGCCUGCAUACAUGUUAAAAUGGCAACAGAUAUACCUCAUAUAAGAAAGAACAGCCUAGAGGUUAUCUUUGUGUUGUCAUAAUGUAUACUGUUAAAUGUAUACUGUUAAACUGAUUUUUCUACAGAUGCUUUUAGUAUUGAAAUUGUAUUUAACAUUUAACUGAUUCA